GCGCGGGAGGCGGCGCCGGGCGGUGAAGUUGGUCAAAGCGCCGGUGAAUAAAAUGAAGAAAAUGCUGUCUUUUUAACUGCAGAAGAACAAGGCUUUGUCUUCCUGUAAUUCUGAAGUGAAAGUUGUCAUCAACAAGAAAACUAAAACCUUUUAAAGAUAGGCGUUAGUAGUAGAAUGCUGAAACAAACUUCUGGAUUAGCUUCAUUGGCUUUCCUGCUUCUUUUGCAUCCCAAAGCAUAAGCUUAAAUCGUCUCAGAAGGACAAGGUCCGCCAGUUUAUGGCAUUUACCCAGGCUGGUGAAAGGACUGCUAUAUACUGCUUAAUGCAGAAUGAGUGGAAACUAGAAGUGGCAACAGACAACUACUUCCAGAAUCCAGACUUGUACUACAAAGAAUCCAUGAAAAAUUCAGUAGACAGGAAGAAAUUAGAACAAUUGUAUAAUCGAUACAAAGACCCACAAGAUGAAAAUAAAAUUGGCAUUGAUGGGAUCCAACAGUUCUGUGAUGAUCUAAGCCUGGACCCAGCCAGUAUCAGUGUUCUGGUUGUAGCAUGGAAGUUCAGGGCAGCUACUCAAUGUGAAUUCAGUAAAAAGGAAUUUGUUGAUGGCAUGACAGAGUUGGGGUGUGACACCACAGAAAAACUGAAAGCUCUAUUGCCAAGACUGGAACAAGAGCUAAAGGAUCCAACAAAGUUCAAAGAUUUUUAUCAGUUCACUUUUAACUUUGCUAAAAACCCAGGACAAAAAGGUCUAGAUCUAGAAAUGGCAAUUGCAUAUUGGAAUUUAGUCUUGUCAGGAAGGUUUAAAUUUCUAGAUCUGUGGAAUAAAUUUUUGUUGGAACAUCAUAAAAGAUCAAUUCCAAAAGAUACUUGGAAUCUUCUGUUAGACUUUGGAAAUAUGAUUGCAGAUGAUAUGUCCAACUAUGAUGAAGAAGGAGCGUGGCCUGUUCUUAUAGAUGAUUUUGUGGAAUAUGCACGACCGGUAGUCACAGGAGGGAAACGUAAAACUUCCUAACCUCAGACUUGCCAAUAUGGACUAAACGUGUGCUCUGAACUGCAUUAGGUAAUGAGGAUUUGUUGACUGAUAACUGUGCACAUCGUUGCUGGUUUCAGUGGUCAUGAUGAGAUUCUGCAGACAAAACUGAAAUUCUUCCCUUCCGCCUAAAGAAAAUGAUGGCUGACUUGUGGACGCUCCAAGAACAAACUCAGAAGAUAGUCCAGGCUGUUUGUAGGCUAUUGGCUUCAAUUAUUGUACUGGUUGUAUCAUAUAGGAUGUAGAUUUUGCAUGAUUUUAUACUUUGGAGAAGUUUAACUAGAGGCCAUUUUAUUAAAGUUUUGACAGCACAGCAUGCCAUUCAGUUCAUGAUCCAAAGUGAACACCAGCAGUUACAUGAAUAAAACUGUAUUAUAUUGUACUUAUAUUAAAAGCAGUAUUUGUGGUAUAUAAAUUAAAUCCCUAAAUAAAACUUAUGCAGUAUGUUGUAUUUUUAUAAAAGUUAGUUCAGUGGAUCUGUCUUAAUAUAGAAUUGUAACAAAACACAAAAACACUUAUGCUUUUUUUACUUGCUGCCAAAAUUUUAAAUUUGUAUUUUUAAGUCUUAGAUGUAUAGAUUGAUUACAUUCAGCCUUUGGUUUUCUUCCAGUGAGACUAACUUCCUCAUUGUUCUUGAAGUGCUUGGACAUUUAACAGUAGCAUUGCUGAGGAAAGGCUGCUGCUCUAUGUUAUGUUGCAACUCCAGCUUUUUUAAUUAACCAUUUUAAAGUAGACAUUAAACAACCAAAGAUGCUAUUAUAAUUCAUGUUUGAUUAUCAUAAUUCAGGUAGUUGUCAAUUAUGUGUUUUAUUUAUUUUAAAUAAUGAACUGGUGGAACAUAACUUUUAGUUUUAUUUGUAGCCUGAAACAUAUCAUAAAUUCUAGGUAAAUGCAACAUAGUUAUAAAUGCAAAUCCUGGCACUUCUCACAGAAAAUAAAUGUGAAUAAGCCCAGAGACCUAACUAGUCGGCUUCCACUUUGGAGAAAUAGUUAGGGGUAAGGAGACUUUAUAGUAAUGCUGAUAAGCACUCAUGCCUCUGGAUGUGUUAUGCAUUCAAUUUCAUUUAUUUAAGGGAAAAAAAGAGUAAAUUAAUGCAGUAUCAUUGAUCUCAAGGCUAGUGGAAUUGGACCAGUUUUCACCAAAUCUGAAUUUGGUCAGUCAUUUGUUUCUCCCCUUUCCCCAGCCACUGAUUAUAAAGUGGACAGAGGUCAGUCUCCUCUUUCUCAACAGUGUCUUCCAAUGCCUAAGCACAAAAAACUUUUACCAGAAACUAUUCAACACGUCUUCACACAGGGCUCUUUUAAAUGCUACCUCAUCAAAAUGAGUUUGUCAUAGCCACUGUAAAAGUUUGUUAAAAUAAAGUGUUGCUGAAGAGUAUGUACAGCUAUGUUCAAUAUAUUUUCUGUAACCAGAGCUGAAAUAGAUGCAAGAAUUUUGAAGAAAAUAGUGUAUUAAGUUAUAUAAUUUAUAUCUGUUUGGAUCACAUCAGAUCAUUUAAGUAUUGCAUGACAGCAUACUAUUUUAUUUUGUAGCUGUGAGGGUAUAAAAGAGUACAAUGUUCUCUUAAACUCUAAUAUUUAGAGUUUCAUAUAAGCAGUCAGCUUUCAUUUAUGUCAAUGCAGCCUACAAGAGCAAAUGUACAUGCUGCAUACAGAAAGAUUACCUUCAUUCUUCCACUUGAGAGAAUUUCAGUUGUGCAUGAUGCUUAAAAAGCAGAAUUAGGACAAAUUUGAACAAAUUAGCACCUUUUCUGUUGAUAGGGAUAUAGCAGGCAAGUUCCAAAUGCCCCAUGAAUGAUGUAUUAUUAGUAGUCUUUUUACCCUAAGCAGUAUUUGUAAAUGUUAGAUCUUGCAUGGCAGCCACUGGAUGUCAGUGUCUCAGUCUUCAGAUGCCUCCCUCUUCUGUGUAGAGUUAAGGAGUAAUAUUAAGCCAAAUUAUUACUUUCUCACUAUGUCUUUUUAGAAGGGCAUUUGUGUACGUAAGUCCAGGUAUUCUACAGAAGUCAACGAUGAUUUUAAACUGGUAUUAUGCUCUUUUUAAUAUAUUUGAUUUGCCUGCUCAUCCUUCCUGAAACAAGCCAUUUCUGUAUCUGUCCUGUAGACUUUGGAGAAGGUGUAAUAUAACAUCAAGUGCAUUUAUCCAGCCAAAAGCAGUGGAAUGCUUGUUAUUCACGCAAUUGCCCCUCAAGAUAUAUAGCUAUAAUAUAACUGACCAGAAGUAGUUUAUUCUAUUAGUAUGUGAUGCAACCGAAUAGUUUCAUAGCACUAGAGCUUGUGAAACAUUUGUUCAUGCUGAAGAGUCUUUAAAAUCAACCUGAUGGACCUUUUGAAAUAAAUAGAGCAUAACAAAUGCAAGUGGGCUGAGGGUUUUUUGCCUUGUUAGUCUGAGGAAGAAGGAAGGUGUUUAGAACAGUAUUGUGUUUCUAUUUAUACACACUUACUUACUCUUAAGCCUCAUUCCUGUGAGGUUCCUUCAUGGAAGACACCUUCCAACAGAGGAACACUGGGAAAAAUCCUCUCAAGAUAGGAGUUACUCCAUAUCAGCCAGCUUCCUAGGCAUAGUACACUUUUUCUGUUGUUAUUUAUAGUCUUCUACCCAUUUGAAACCAUGUAUGCAUUUUCCAUUCCUGUAAAUAAUAGCAUGGAGUAACUAACACCUUCACACAUGAACAAUCAUCAAAAUAAAUGCAAACAGGCUGCUUUCAAAUUAUCAGUUCCUUACGUAUUUUAACAAUGUGCUGCUGUCCGCAGUUCCACUUUACAGGGCACUCUGACUCGCUUUUUGGGUAAGCUGGUACAGUGGUAACACCUAGGCUGAUCAAUUUAUAAAUGGUACAGAUGUCUUCAAGUUGUUCAGUGCAUACAGUAUUAGUUCCUAGAUAUGCUGUAUGUAUUUUUAAACUCGGUGCCAAGUUGUUUGAUUUUACAUCCUAGAGUGUUUGAAACUGAGCCAUAGGAUUUGUACUUGCCAAUUCUAAAUUUAAAUGUAAUUUAUCACAUAUGUCAUGCCAAGGAGAGCAAACCUGCAGGCAUCUGCUCAUUCAAUGCACCUGAGAGAUUUGCUGCUGAGUAAGCUGUAUGUGUGUAAAUUUUGUGGCAAUGGAAAAAGGAAUAAAUGGACUGUCAACAUAAAGGAUUGAAGUCAGUCA